AUGCCCAGUCGGGGCCUCGACAUCGCCAAGCGUCAACUAUCGCGAUCGAUACACCGUCAAAGCCGAAAUGUAAUGCGAUCCGGCGCAAGAUCAUCUCAUACCAACGCUGACUAUUGCGAACAGCUCUCGACAAGUCCGCCAACUCUCCCCCGAAGUGCACUCCUCCGUCCGACCUCCUCCCUACGCGCAUCGAACCAGCGCCCGCCACUGUUCCCACCGCCCAUAGCAUCCAUAAGUGCAGUACGACACGCGUCAUCAUGGUCGUCGUGGCUGGGGCUGGGUAAAAGUGAGGAGGCUCCCGUUGUAUCCCAAACACCGACACCGACAGCACCCGCUGCCGUAACGCAACAACCGCCGCCUCCUUCGACCGAGAACGUCGCGGCCGCAGCGCCUUCCAAUGCUCCUCCCACUGCACCGCCUACUGCCCCUGCCGCUGAGCAGGCGCAGUCCUUCAAUGUCGACACCAUCACGUUCGACAACAUCGACCUGAACAGCGCUGCCCUCGAUGCAGCCCAAAUUCCCGAAGGCAUUGGCUAUCUCAAGCAAAUCGGCGUGCACUUUGGCCUGGGGCCAACGUCGAUGCUGGAAUGGCUUCUUGAACACUUUCACAUCUGGGGUGGUUUGCCGUGGUGGGCUGCCAUUGCUGCAACCGGCAUCCUUGUCCGUUGCUGCAUGUUCCCCUUCUUCCUCCGAAUGAGUGACAUGCAGGCUCGUACUCAGGCUCUUUCUAGCGUCACGAAACCCUUCCAGGACCGAAUGAUGCAGGCAUCCAACGAGGGCAGGACCCAAGACAUGAUGGUCGCUUUUCAGCAGAUGGCGGCGAUUCGCAAGAGAGCUGGCAUUACCACCGCGGGCCAGUUUGUGCCUUUAGGAUUUCAGGCAGUCAUCGGUUAUGCCGGCUUUAAAUUGAUGCGAACAUGCGCCGAAUUACCAGUUCCGGGCUUCACGGAUGGAGGCUUCCUUUGGUUGAAGGAUCUGACCAUGACUGACGGAUACCUCCUUAUGCCCCUCUUCAUGGCGGCCACCAUGCACAUGGUCAUUCGAGUGGGUGGGGAAGCAGGCGCAGCUGCUCAAAUGUCGCCUGGAAUGAGGAACAUCAUGUUGUACGCCAUGCCUGCUGUGAUGUUCCUGUUCAUGAUAUGGCAGCCAGGCGCUGUCUGCGUUUGGUUUGCUUCCACGGGUGCUGUUGGCAUCCUUCAAGGUCGCCUUCUACAAAGACCCGCAGUGCGCUCGUACUUUGGCUUAGCGCCACUUUACAAACCGGAACCAGGUGAGAAAGGGUCUUCUCUUUUCGACUCCUACCUCGAGCGCGCCGGAUUGUCAUCAUCAAAAGAAGUGUCGAGUAAGGCAAGCUUUGUUCAGGGACAAUCACAAUCUGCGACUAAGAACGCUGCAUAUAUGCAGCCAACAUAUCAAUCUCCCAACCUACGUCGAAAGGUCGUUGGUAAUAAAAUAGAUACAACAAUCGUCACUCCGAAUCCAUCAGGAACGACCGCCACAUCGUCUGAGAUGAUUCAGCCUGGUGCUCUUGUGGAGAAGGAGAGCAUGUUCGGAAACCUGAAGCAACAACUCCAAAAUACCGUUUCCAAGUUUCAGAGGAUGCGGACCAUGACGCCCGAGCAGGUCAAGAAACAGCAACGCGAGGCUUUUAAGCGAAAAGCGGAAAAUUACGAGAAGAAUGCGCAGAAGAGAGGUCGUAGGUGA